CAGUUUGUCAAUAAUUCGUUUUUUAUUCAGGGUAUUUACCAAUACAGUCGGACCUAUUCCUGUUAGCUUACCCCUUUGGAAUUCCAAAGCAAUGUGACCAAGACCUUAUUGGUCUUCUUGGAAAAAGUUUUUCUGGCGAAUGUCCAUUGUUUCGACUGUAUGUAUAAUCUUCUAAUCUCAUCGUGUAACAUAUGGUUGGAAACAUUCACUCAAAUUACGUUAGGAAAUAUAUGCAAACAUUCGUUUAAACUUUUAAUGCGAGUGAGGUUUUAAUCAUUUGCAUCAACAAUCAUUGAACUUAUUUUGUAGAUCGCUUUUUUCAUUUUUUAUCUAUAAUGCAAAAUAUUGCAUGUGUUGAAUUUGAAAUAUUUUCUUCGUUAGCAAUCUUACAUACGAAGAUGGUGACUUUUCAAAGUAGAAAACCAUUCACACAUAAUUCCUUGGGAUUGUAAACUUUCGGGAUAAUAUUUCAUGCAACUUUGCAUUGAUAUCAUUCAAUGUUCUUAUAUUUUACCUCGCAUCUUAGAAUCAAAAUAUUUUUCAGGACAAAACUCAAGAAAUUAGAUCUUAUCAAAAGCAAAUUAAAAAAAUUUUGAAAUAAUUAUAUUAGCUAUAAUUAGUAAAAUUGUAAUAAUAAUUUACAUAUAGCGAAAUAAAUGUCAAUGACUCAAAUUAAAAUUUGAAUACAUUAUUUUUUCCCCAUAUUCUGGACUAUCGAUCUUGUUUGUAUGCAUACUAGGCGCUUUCUCCGAAAUAAUCAAUAUUUUUAUUGUUAUCCUCAUUCUCACUAGUAGACUGGUGUGUUCCAGGAGAAACACAUUUUUCGAUCCAUAUUUAUAUUUAUUUAGAACGUAAUUCGGUACAAAGAAAAAUAUGACAGUGAUUUUCUCAAACUGCUGUUUAAUUGACAAGUGAUUAAAACCAUGGAAUGGAAAAUCGGGAGAAAUGAGAAAGAUAUUAUGAAAUUUCAAGGGUCAAGCAAGGUUUCUUCUCCAUUUUAUGAGCCUCCCCAGAGAAAGACCAGUGCUGAAAUCAUCAACGAAGCUAGAGUUGCUAUUAGAGAAUCUCAAAUGGCCGAAAAAAAUUUUGCUCAGCCUUCUAUUAAACCUCUACAAACUGAAAGACCAUAUACGCCACGAGAUAAAGAAAGGUUGCUCUUCGGAAAUAAAAUUAAAUCAAAUCGUCCUCCAAGUUCGUUCAGUCUCCAGUAUUUACAAAAUGAAACUGAUCUACCCACGACACCUCCGGAUAGCACAAACCUGUUAACUCCGAACUUGAUAACAUCCAGGACGCUCAUAACUCCACCAAAAAAUCCAAACAAGGUCGUCAAUCAUAUGCGAUCAAACUCAGUAUCUGAAAUAAACGAUCAAAUAUUUAAUAUUGCUGUAAAGGAUUCUUUGCAUAAAAUCAAACUACCUUCUUUGGAUAGUUGUAAACCAUUACCGAAAAGAAAAAUCUUCAAGAAUACUUCACUAGACAACCUUCCGGAAGAAAACGAAUAUCAAACGGAGUCUCAAAAAAACGAAGGUCGUAAAGCAUUCAGCUCACCACAAGAACGUACGGAUUCGAAUGAUUCUGAUCGUGUGUUCGGAAAACCGUCCUUACAUAAGAGAAAUCUCUCACAAUGUCUACUUUUGGGUCCACAAAAUUUGGAAAAAAUUUUUGACAAUAAACAAAUUAUUGAAAACUCUCAAACGCUGUUUCUCAACACAGGUUAUUUUACAAGUCAAUUACAUAACUCCAAUUAUUUGAAGGUGGAUAAUAAGAAAGAAAGAACCUUUGAAGAUGUCCUCUUAGAACUAAAUUCUGAAAACGAGAAAAAAUGUGGAGAAGAACGUAUCAUCAAGUUAUUGGGAGAGUUAUACGAUUGCAUGGAUAUGGAAAACAUGAUCAAUCAAAAGGUGGCUUCUAAUACAAAAAUAAGAAUUUUAAAAUGUUUGUACAGAUUUGUAGAGUCAAGAAAUGAACACAUAUUAAUUUCUAUCGCGAGGAUUAUUCUAGCUAUAAAAGUAACAGGAAACAACUUGAGUGGUGUUUGUAAAUUAAUUUUUAAAGUUGCGAAAAUUGAUAAAAAUGAUCAUCUGUUCUUCCAAAAAAAUUUGUUAGAGCUGUUUCUUGAUGCUCUUGGAAGAUCAAGUCCGCUUGAUGAUGCAGAAGCUUGUGUUUAUGGGUACGGAGCUGUUAAAUUCUUAACAAUGAAUCAGAAGUUAAUGGAAAAAAUUUUAAGCUUAGGUAUAUUACAGCUGAUGGUGUUGCACAUGAAAAUAAUCAAUGUUACAAAAGAAGAGAAAAGCGUUAUACCAGAUCAAUCGCAUCACGCUUUAUAUCAACUAACUGGUGCUCUAAGAAAUUUAGUAUCCGAAGAACGUAUGUAUGAUUCGUUUAUCGAAUGUGGGACUAUACCUCAACUUUGCCUGACCCUCGAAAUAUUCGCUUCUGAUCUGGAUAUAGUUGCAAACAUAUCUCGGACAAUGAGUAUAAUUUCUACAAACGAGUGCUGUUGUGACGUUAUUAUCGAGUAUAGAAAUAUAUAUAAAGUUCUGAUUAAUUUGUUCGAUAAAUAUCCAGGCAAUGAGGAAAUCAUAAUCCGCUUAACUUAUACUUUGGGAAAUAUAGUUUCUAAAAUUGAUAAUACCCGAGUACAGUUUUUCCACGAAGAAAACUCUAUAGAAAGUCUUGUUAAUCUGUGGAAAAUAUAUUUGGAGCGUACACUGAAAAACUGUUCGAUGAAACUAGAAACCUCUGAUGAACUUAGUAGUAAUAGCGAAGACGUUAUGAUUAAGAUUAUUAGAGUAAUAGCGAAUAUGGUUAUAAAUCCAGAAAUCGGAAGACAACUGAAUGAAAAAUAUGGAAAUCAACUAAUUGAAGAAAUCCUCAAAGUUCUUAUAAGUAAUCCAUUUAAGAAAAACGAAGACCUGGUUUUAUCAAUACUGAGUACUUUGAACAACUUAUCUUAUUAUUAUACCAGUGAUUUGGAAGCUGAUAUUUUUCAUAUCAAGCAAGUUGAUAUAGUCGAAGCUAUAACCGAGUACGCAAAAUCGAGGAAUAAAGAUUGUGUAAUUGAAACAAUGAGAAUUUUAGGAAACUUGUCAAGAUCUAAAAUAACCAGAAAAUAUAUUACAGAAAGUGAAGUUUUUGGAAUCCUCAUUGAAUUACUAGACAGCGGUGCUCGUUCUCAACUGAAAACUACUGUAGGGGUAUUCGUUAACUUAAUGUCUGAUAACAGAUCCAGAACUUUAUUCAAAGACAGCGGAGGAGUUGCUAAGCUGAUCAAAAUAUUAUCAACGGAAUGUGGAAACGAUUGGUCAUUGGAAAAUCUAAUAUGCCAAGUGCUGUGGAAUUAUUGUAUCGACAUAGUUGACCUACACGAGCUUUUUUCUGAUUCGGAAAUACAUAAAUUACUAGUCUUGUUAGCAGAUCACUUGGAUGAAGAAAAGAUAUUCGGCAUCGAAGAGCAUACGGAAGAUAUGAAUGUCUUCGUUACACAAGAUUACUUAAUCUGGGAAGAAUUCGCAAACGUAGCAACGAACUUAUUGGAAAAAAUCGAAUUUUUCUUAGACACAUUUGACCAAAUAACACACGUAGACAAAUCUCCGGUGGAAAAUCUAAAAACUAAAGACUCUAGCACUAAUAUUAGUUUAUCUGCUUGGUAAAAGUUAAGAAAUAUUUUCACAAAUCCAAAAUGAUAAUUCCAUAAAAAGAUUGGGUUCUUAUCUAAUCAGAUGUAGGCAUUGAUAAGUUGUUAAGAAAAUAUAACACCAAAGAUAUUCAACUAGUCCUAUUUAUGUGUAGUUUAUAUUAGCAUCAUCUCGAUAAAUCAAUUGGCAAGUAAUUCUUUUAAAAUGGUUUAUAUCCUAUUUCAAAAAAUUUGAAUAUGUUUAAGUGUAUGAUUUGGAAAGAACUUUCGGAAAGUGUAUUUUAUAAAGAUAAUUUCAAAAGUUAUACGAGAACUAUUCGCCCUUUAAUUGAAUAUUAAAGAGCGACCAAAAGAUUACUUUUUUACAGUCACCAAACAAUUUGAAGCAAUUAUCUUAGCGGUAGACAAACUUUAAUUCCUUCGCAUAGAUACCUCGGGGUACUACGGUCUUCUAUAUAUUUAAACUUUAAUUGAACACAAUUUACGUAUUAUUGAAAUGUUAUUCUGGAUUUUCCAAAAGAAUUUGAUUUGGUAACGAUGAAUUCUGAUUAAAAUUUUAUAGUUUAGUCAUGAUGUUCGCUAUUUAUCACGUUGGAUUUAAGCAAUUCUGAUUUUAUAAUAAAUGAAUAAUUACUAUACAGUAAUUCCCCGGACUUAAGCGGUAGGUGGGUCGGAGCGAUUGCCGUGUAAGUCGAAUUCCACGCGGAACACCUGUUUAAACCUGUCGCAAACUGAACACUGAGAGGGCGGAGCGAGAGAGCCGUUUCGCGCGGCAAUCAAAAUGAAAAAACGGGGUAUCGUAAGUCGGGGUAUUAUUGUACAUGAAAUAAAUUUCUAUUAGGUAUACAGAGUGAGUUUUAUGUAUGGAACGCCUCAAUUAUCUCGGAAACGGUACAAUUUUCAUAAAUUUUUGUGCACAACGGUCUUGUGGUACUACGGGUAUUAUUGUGGUAUUUACAUUGUUGUCAGAUCUUUCCUUUUUCCAAAAAUAUAAUGAACUUUGUUAUUUCAAAUGAGUCACCCUAUAUAUUUUGUGUUUUUAGAAAUCUUUAAGAAAUACUGAUUAUUUAUUUCGAAGUUAUAGCUACAUUUACAGUAUCUGCACCAAAGUUGAAUGAAUAUUGUACAUUUAGAUGGCUACGAUUGAAUAAACUCGUUUAAUUUGAAUAUUAUUUAAUAAUUUAUGUGCUAAUACAAAUCUCGUAACAAGGUCUAGUGUCAGUAAGUUUUUCCAUUAUUAGGGCUGCAAACUCUUCACGUAUAUCAAAAUCGUCAUCUGACAUCUCUUGAACCAACCUUACUUGGUAUGGAUGGAAUUUAUUACCACGUAAAAUUUUCAUUGCGAAUGUUUGCAAAAGUUUCCUGGAUACUUGUCUAGUACUCAAGUGUGGAUCGUCCUCUAACAGAACACAAACAUCUAAAUAUUUGUUUUCAGUUUUUCUACGCCCUGAUUUGGAUAAAUCUUUCACUGAACCAAUUUCGUUAAACUUUUUUACUUAUUCACUAACAGUAGAUCUUGUUAUGGGAUUUCGGUUAGGAUAUAAAUUAUUAAUGAUAUUACAUGUUUCUUGUUUACUUCUACGCCUAUUAAAAUAUCAAUUCGUUAUUUUUCAGAUAAACGAUCUAUUGUUACUUUUAAUAAAGUUCAACAAUAAUAAUUUAUUAAAACGUCAAAUUUGUUAUUGUAGCAGUCAUAGCCACCUAAAUAUAUUAUUUUAAUUUCGGCAGAGAUAACGCAAAUGUAGGUUAAACUCCGAAAUUGUGGUAUAGGGAACAUGAGAUGAAAAAUAAUAAGUAUUUCUUAAGGAUUUCGAAAAUCAAUUAGAAAUAACAAAGUUCAUGAUUUUUCCAGAAAAAGGAAAGAUCUGACAACAAUGUAAAUAUCACUAUAAUACCGGCCGUGUCACAAGACCCUUGUACGAAAAAAUUUAUAAAAAUCGUACAAGUAAUUUUACAUAUAAUAUUUGUUUGAGAUUUACAGGAAAAUUAUCAUUUUUAUCUCAAAUGUUUUGCUGUCUUUUGCUUAUUUGUCAUCUUUUUUGCUACAUUUAUGACUUUGACGUGGUAAAGAUGGAAUAUCACCAUUUGUGAGAAGUUUCCAUUUUAAUUCAAAUUUCCCCUGGGAAAAAAUAGUUGUUAUAAUUUUAAAGAUAUUCAUG